CCGCAUGGUCACUUCCUUGUUGUUUCUCUAAACUUCACGCGACACAGUGGAAUAAUUCAUUGAUUCUUCAAACAUUGACCAGAGAUAUUAUUAGCGAUGUAUCAUCAACCGGUACUGAAGAACCGACGGACUCUUCUGGAACGAGCGGAGAAAUUCAUAUCUGAGAUUUAUUUCACCGACUGCAACCUUAGGGGAAGACUAUAUGGAGACACCUGUCCCCUGGAGUCCAUCUCCUCCUCUCUGUCACAGCAGCGGAUCCCAUUCCUGGAAGCCGUCAAACAGAACUUUCAGCCUUAUCAAGUUGGGGAGACCUUUGGACCUACAUGGUGGACGUGCUGGUUUAAAGUCUCUCUGAGGAUCCCAGACUCCUGGAGAGGGAAGCAGGUCCAUCUGAGCUGGGAGAGUGAUGGAGAGGCCAUGGUCUGGAGGGAUGAGCAGCCUGUACAGGGGUUGACCAAAGAAGGGGAGAAGACCAGCUACAUCUUGACUGAGUGUCUGAAGGAUGAUGAUCCACACAGCAUCUCCCUGUAUGUGGAGUUGGCGUGUAACAGUCUUUUCGGAGCGGGAAAGGGAUCCAUGAUUGCAGCACCUGACCCAGACAGGAAGUACUCUGUCCAGAAGGCCGAGCUUGUGGUGUUUAAGCAGGAAGUCAGGGAGCUGCUGACCGAUUUGGAGAUGCUGGUUGACAUGGUCAAGUUGCUGGGUGAGGGGGAACAGCGAGGGUACCAGGCUCUGUUCACAGCCAAUGAGAUGGUGAACCUGUGUGAGCCGACCAAUCCCAGCUCAUUUCCUGCGGCUCGAAGUCUGGCUCAGAAGUUCUUCAGCCAGAGGAAUGGAGACAGCCAGCACACUGUCCACGCUAUGGGACACUGCCACAUUGACUCAGCCUGGCUGUGGCCCUAUGAGGAGACCAUCAGGAAGUGUGCCAGGAGCUGGGUGACUGUGAUCAGACUGAUGGAGAAGAACCCUCACAUGGUCUUCACCUGUUCACAGGCUCAGCAGUUUGACUGGGUGAAGAGCUGGUAUCCAGGCCUGUUCUCUCAGAUCCAACACUACGUUAAGAAGGGGCAGUUCAUCCCUGUCGGAGGCACCUGGGUGGAGAUGGAUGGAAACCUGCCGUCAGGUGAGUCCAUGGUCAGACAGUUCCUGGAGGGACAGCGAUUCUUCAAGCAAGAGUUUGGAAACUACUGCAAAGAGUUCUGGUUGCCUGAUACGUUUGGCUACUCAGCCCAGCUCCCCCAGUUGAUGCAGGGUUCAGGCAUCACACGAUUCCUGACUCAGAAACUCAGCUGGAACCUCGUAAACACCUUCCCGCACAACACCUUCUUCUGGGAGGGUCUGGAUGGUUCUCGGGUUCUGACACACUUUCCCCCAGGGAACUCUUAUGAGAUGAAGGGGAAGGUGGAGGAUCUGGUCAACACUGUGAAGAACAACAAGGACAAAGGACGAGCCAAUCACAGUGCAGCACUGUUUGGUUUUGGAGACGGAGGAGGAGGGCCCACCCAGCUGAUGUUGGACAGACUGGACAGGGUCCAGGACACAGACGGACUGCCUCGGGUCCAGAUGUCCAGCCCUGACCGGCUCUUCUCUGAGCUUGAGGCGGACUCCUCUCUUCUGUGUACCUGGACUGGAGAACUAUUUCUUGAACUACAUAACGGAACCUACACCACACAGGCACAGAUCAAGCUGGGGAAUCGUCAGUGUGAGACCUUGCUCCAUGACGUUGAGGUGGCCAGCAGCUUGGCUCUGUGUCUGGACAAGACGUUUCAGUAUCCCUCCCAACCGCUACGAAUCCUCUGGAGGCAGCUCCUCCUGAACCAGUUCCAUGAUGUGAUUCCUGGCACCUGUAUAGAGAUGGUGGUAGAGGACGCACUACGAUAUUAUCAAGACAUCCGUACCAUGGGGACCAGACUGCUGCGUGUCUCCUGUGAGGCCCUGGCGUCUAAAGGGGCUAUGACCCAGACAGGAGACUCUGACAGUACAGCUACUUCCAUUGCUGUCCUCAACACGCUGCCCUGGGAACGCACCGAGGUUCUCCCACUGACAGGGGGCGCUCCCGAUCAUCAACAACCAUGCCUAGCUCUGGUGACAGUCCCCAGUGUUGCCGUAGUUUCGGUCCGUGAUGCCACUGCUACCAAACCUGUCCCUCUGGUCUCUGUCAAAGUUCAGGCUGACGGUACCGUCCUCAUGGAGAAUGGGAUACUACGUGCUGUUGUUAAUAAGGAUGGAUGCCUGGCUUCCUUGUACCUGGUCCAGACUAACAGAGAGGCGAUAUCUCACGGAUGCAGUGGGAACCAGUUUGUGAUCUUUGAUGAUGUUCCUCUGUACUGGGACGCCUGGGACGUGAUGGACUACCACCUACAGACACGGAAGCCGGUAGUAGAGGUGGUGUCUCCUGUCCAGAUAGCAUCUCCAGGAGGACUGAGAGGCAGUGUGACCUUCACUCUCAGGAUCAGUGAUAAGAGCACCAUCACCCAGGAGAUCAUCCUGGACGCCAUGUGUCCUCAUAUCAAGUUUAAUACUCAGGUGGAGUGGUUUGAGUCCCAUAAGUUCCUGAAGGUAGAGUUCCCAGUGAGGGUGAGGAGCCCCAAUGCCACCUAUGAGAUCCAGUUUGGACACCUGCAGAGACCCACACACAGGAACACGAGCUGGGACUGGGCACGCUUCGAGGUUUGGGGCCACAAAUGGGCAGACCUAUCGGAGCACGGCUUCGGGGUGUCUCUGCUGAACGACAGUAAAUAUGGAUACUCUGUUCACCAGCACACCAUGACGCUGUCUCUACUGCGAGCUCCUAAGGCUCCUGAUGCCAACGCUGACAUGGGCAGUCAUCAGUUCACCUACGCUGUCAUGCCACAUACAGGAACCUUCCAGGAAGCGUCAGUCAUCCAAUGGGCCUACAACCUCAACAGCCCUCUGAGACUGACCGACUACGCCCCCGGCUCCCAUACUGCAGCCUGGAGCGCCUUCUCUGUCAGCGCUGCAGCCGUCAUCCUGGAGACCAUCAAACAGGCGGAGGACAGGAAGGAUGCUCUGGUGGUACGGCUCUAUGAGUCACAUGGCAGCAGUGUCACGGCGUACCUCACUACAGGCUUCCCCAUCGCCGAGGCUUGGCACUGUGAUCUACUGGAGCGAGUGGAUCCCUCUCGUCCUGCACCAAUCACAGCCUCCGGAAUCUCUGUCAGCUUCAGUCCCUUCCAGAUUGUGUCCCUUCUACUGUACCUGAAGUAAAAAAUGAUUUAGAUGCUGGUCUGAACGUAAAUGUGUCCCUGUAAAUUACGUUCAGCUUGUAAAGGCUUCAUAAGCACUGCAUAAAUGUGUUACGUAGCAUCUAUAACGGUUUCAUUAAUGUGGCAUAACUGAAAAUCAGCCGUGUCAAAUGUGUCAUCGCCCACUGUGGAAUAUGAUAAAAGCUUUAUAAAGGGUGACGUGUUCUCUAAAGUGAGUGUGAAUGAGUGUGAAAGGUCUGGUACACCAACGCAUCAGACUUGGCCUAGUUACGGUGAGGUUUAAAUUCUAAUUUUAAGGAGAUUAAUUGUGGAAAUGGGAAGGUUACCAUGGAUAGUUAUAUUGUUCUGUUAAAGACCUGACUGGGCCCAGCACCAUGGAUAGUUAUAUAGUUCUGUUAAAGACCUGACUGGGCCCAGCACCAUGGAUAGUUAUAUUGUUCUGUUAAAGACCUGACUGGGCCCAGCACCAUGGAUAGUUAUAUAGUUCUGUUAAAGACCUGACUGGGUCCAGCACCAUGGAUAGUUAUAUAGUUCUGUUAAAGACCUGACUGGGUCCAGCACCAUGGAUAGUUAUAUAGUUCUGUUAAAGACCUGACUGGGUCCAGCACCAUGGAUAGUUAUAUUGUUCUGUUAAAGACCUGACUGGGUCCAGCACCAUGGAUAGUUAUAUUGUUCUGUUAAAGACCUGACUGGGCCCAGCUCCAUGGAUAGUUAUAUUGUUCUGUUAAAGACCUGACUGGGCCCAGCACCAUGGAUAGUUAUAUUGUUCUGUUAAAGACCUGACUGGGUCCAGCACCAUGGAUAGUUAUAUUGUUCUGUUAAAGACCUGACUGGGCCCAGCACCAUGGAUAGUUAUAUAGUUCUGUUAAAGACCUGACUGGGUCCAGCACCAUGGAUAGUUCUGUUAAAGACCUGACUGGGCCCAGCACCAUGGAUAGUUAUAUUGUUCUGUUAAAGACCUGACUGGGUCCAGCACCAUGGAUAGUUAUAUAGUUCUGUUAAAGACCUGACUGGGUCCAGCACCAUGGAUAGUUAUAUUGUUCUGUUAAAGACCUGACUGGGUCCAGCACCAUGGAUAGUUAUAUUGUUCUGUUAAAGACCUGACUGGGUCCAGCACCAUGGAUAGUUAUAUUGUUCUGUUAAAGACCUGACUGGGUCCAGUACCAUGGAUAGUUAUAUAGUUCUGUUAAAGACCUGACUGGGUCCAGCACCAUGGAUAGUUAUAUAGUUCUGUUAAAGACCUGACUGGGUCCAGCACCAUGGAUAGUUAUAUUGUUCUGUUAAAGACCUGACUGGGUCCAGCACCAUGGAUAGUUAUAUUGUUCUGUUAAAGACCUGACUGGGUCCAGCACCAUGGAUAGUUAUAUUGUUCUGUUAAAGACCUGACUGGGUCCAGCACCAUGGAUAGUUAUAUUGUUCUGUUAAAGACCUGACUGGGUCCAGCACCAUGGAUAGUUAUAUAGUUCUGUUAAAGACCUGACUGGGUCCAGCACCAUGGAUAGUUAUAUUGUUCUGUUAAAGACCUGACUGGACCAGCACCAUGGAUAGUUAUAUUGUUCUGUUAAAGACCUGACUGGGUCCAGCACCAUGGAUAGUUAUAUUGUUCUGUUAAAGACCUGACUGGGUCCAGCACCAUGGAUAGUUAUAUAGUUCUGUUAAAGACCUGACUGGGUCCAGCACCAUGGAUAGUUCUGUUAAAGACCUGACUGGGCCCAGCACCAUGGAUAGUUAUAUAGUUCUGGUAAAGACCUGACUGGGCCCAGCACCAUGGAUAGUUAUAUAGUUCUGUUAAAGACCUGACUGGGCCCAGCACCAUGGAUAGUUAUAUAGUUCUGUUAAAGACCUGACUGGGCCCAGCACCAUGGAUAGUUAUAUAGUUCUGUUAAAGACCUGACUGGACCCAGCACCAUGGAUAGUUAUAUUGUUCUGUUAAAGACCUGACUGGGUCCAGCUCCAUGGAUAGUUAUUGAUGUGUUUGUGUACUGAGGAACAUGUAACUUGGUUCCAGAAAAAAUACACUUUAUUAUUUCAAGCCCUGGUCUCCAUGGGAACAGAAGAGGAACACUCGGUGAGGUAUACUCAGGUUGGACUGCUCCAAAUCAUCUUGGUUCUGACACACACGCAGGUCCAUUAACCGAUUUAAAUACCUCUCACACCCUACUGUAACCUGUGGAUCAUCAGAGAACCUUCAUAAAGUUAAUCAGCUAUUUAAUUGACACUAUGUCGUGUCCUGUAAUACUUAGUUUGGAGUGAGACCCCUUCGGUCAUUCAUAAGACAUUUAUAAAGACUCAUGACGCUCUACUUAAUUUAAAGUCAGACCUCUUCGGUCAUUCAUAAAGGCUUAAUGAUAUAAACUUAGGGAAUUAUCGCUAACACAAAUAAAUGUUAAAAACAUACAUUUCCUUUUAUUUGUAAAUGUUUUAAACAAUACAAUGUAUUUACAUUAGACAGGGCUGUGAAUAGUGUAGCUUGUCCCUGAGCUGGUGGACACAUUAUUCUUGCUUCUCUUCCUGCCAGAGGCACUGUUGCGUGUUGGUUCCAACCUUAAAAGUAACAACAAAGAAAGCUAGCAGGUCUGUUAGGAAAUGCCUUUGUCCCACCAUCUGGAUAAGGUCUGUGCUGCACCAGAAACUAAAUGGGGAGAAGGGAAACUCCUUUCAAUUCAUAUUAUAUUCCUCUUGCAUUUACAAAUCUCAUGACGUGAGUAUGAGACGUGGCUAUAUCUAGGUGGAUGUGUAUUUAACUGAGCCUGCUAGCUAGCAAUUGUUGUGAAAUUACAGACAUUGGUUGAGGUAGCUACAGUAUGUUAUCUAACAACAAACGAAUCUAAAUUACAAUAAAGGUUAACUUACUUGUU